GUUAGUUUUCCCCUCUUCUUUCGUGGGUAUAUAUCCUCGACUUUUUCCCUCGCUUCUUCUCUCUCUCUCCUUUUUUUCCCCCAGUAUACUGAUCACUCCUCAGUACCCAGUCAUUCCUUUGUCAUUUGACACCUGCUGAACAAUUACCUGUGCCGUGCACGGUUCUGUUCAUCCAUUCCUUAUCCUAAGCGCUACUUGAGUUACAAGUAGCUAUACCACCCUUUCCUUAAGAACUCGAGAACCGGUCUUCUCAGUCUACAUCCCCCCCCAAAAAAAGCAAGAAAAAUGGUCUCCUUCACCAAAGCCCUCCUCAUCGCCAGUAGCGUGGCCAGCACCGCCCUGGCGAUGCCCUCGCACAUCCACGCCAACCGACACACCGGCGCCAACCAUCCGCACGUCACCCUCGGGCAGCGCAGCAUCAACAGCACCUCCGGCAAACGCGGCGCGGCCUACAACAGCGCCACCACGGUGAGCACGCUGGCCAACAGCGGCACGGUGACCUGGGGCUACGACUGGAACAUGUACAGCGACGGCGACCUGCCCUCGCACGUGGAGUACGUGCCCAUGCUGUGGGGCAGCAAGAUGUUCGGGACGUGGUUCACGGCCAUCGAGACGGCCCUGAACAGCGGCAGCAAGUACAUCUUGGGAUUCAACGAGCCCGACAACAGCGGGCAGGCCGCCAUGUCCUCGUCUGCGGCCGUGUCGGCCUACCAGGAGUACAUCACCCCGUACAAGGGCAAAGCCAAACUGGUCACGCCCGCCGUCACCAACGGCGCCGGCGACGACACGGGCCUCUCGUGGGCCGAGAAUUUCCUGUCGGGUUGCAGCGGCAGCUGUGGCGUGAGCGUGCUCGCCGUGCAUUGGUACGGCGACUCGGCGGCCGACUUCAAGACCUUUGUGGGCGAAGCGGUGGCGCUGGCGGAGAAGUACGGCCUCGAGGAGACCUGGGUCACCGAGUUCGCCCUCAACAGCGCCAUCAGUGCCGGCCAGGGCACCCAAGAGGCCGCCUCGUUCCUCGAGGAGGUCGUCCCCUGGCUCGAUGGCCAGAGUGGCGUCGGCCGCUAUGCGUAUUUCAUGUGCGCUGAGGGGUAUCUGUUGAACGGAGACGGGCUGAGUGCCUCCGGCCAGGCGUAUAUUGCUUAAGCAUCGCCUCGCCUCGCCUCUUGACUUUUGACUCUAUGACUUGUGAUUUGGUGGAGAAUGAUGUGGGGAGCGGUUUGGCUUUGCCAUUACCUCCAGCGUUUACCAUUCCCAUUACCAUUUGCCUCAAGGAAAAUACCUCCCCGGUGUGGUGAUUUGUUUAUCAUGAUGAUUAUCGGCUUUACAGUGUUUAACCCUUUUGAUACCAGUUUGUUUUUUGUUUUGUUUUUUUUUUUUUUUGUUUUUUUUGUUGCGUUGCACUCACAGAGUGACAAUUUGUUUCAUCCUGAUUCCCAUUGUUCAUACAGUUCCAUGAAUCUGAAACAGAAAAAAAAAGAGUCCAUACAAAGACCAUUGUGUUGUUCUAACAUAGUACAAUCCUUGCAAAUUGUACUCCAACAAUCCUAAAAAUCCAACAACAAAACAAUCCAAAUCCG